AUAAGCAAGGGAUCACUUUCUGUGUUUCACGUAUGAGGAUGACGACCACGAUGAUGAUGGUGAAUUCGUCGUUAAAUACUCAGUUGCUAAGGAAAAGAUUCGUCGUCGUCAUCUUCUUCUUCUUCUUCUUCGUUCUUUAGGCAUGGCGAUGACAUGGAAACCAAACAACUGUCUGCAGCCGUUGCUGUUAGAAUCCAAGAAAUCCAGAAGCCAACUCCAAUCACAAUCUAACAGUUCUUGCUUUGGCCCAUCUCUCGAUCGAACCCUCCCCAAUUUCUCUUCCUCCUCCUCCUCUUCAUCCUCUUUCAAACCCAAGAACCCGUUUUCUUCUUGCUAUUCUUCUUCUUCUUCAGACCCGACAACCGCUUUGGAGGAGGCCUGGAGAAUGGUUUGCCAAUUCGAUCCCAAAAUCCCAAUUCAAGAAGCCCUGACUCCACCCAGUAGCUGGUACACCCACCCCUCUUUUCUUUCUCUUGAAUUCGAUCGCGUCUUCUUCCGGGGUUGGCAGGCCGUCGGAUAUACGGAACAGAUUAAAGAAUCUGGUAACUUUUUUACCGGCAGGCUGGGAAAUGUAGAGUAUGUGGUAUGCCGGGAUAAUAAUGGGACUAUUCAUGCGUUUCAUAAUGUAUGCCGCCAUCAUGCAUCUCUUCUUGCCUCCGGCACAGGGCGAAGAUCCUGCUUUGCGUGCCCCUAUCACGGUUGGACUUAUGGGUUGGAUGGAGCGCUUCUAAAGGCAACUAGAAUAACAGGAGUUCGGAAUUUCAAUGUAAAUGAAUUUGGACUUGUACCGAUUAGGGUAGCUCUCUGGGGACCAUUUGUUCUGCUCAGCUUGGAAAAGAAGUUGCCUCAUUCAGAAGCUGAUAGCAACAUUGUAGGAAAUGAAUGGCUUGGCAGUUCGUGUGAGAUGCUGAGUACCGGUGGUGUCAACUCUUUCCUGAGUUAUGUAUGCAGACGCAGAUACACCAUUGAAUGUAACUGGCAGGUUUUCUGUGACAACUACUUGGAUGGUGGUUAUCAUGUACCAUAUGCACAUAAAGGUCUUGCGUCUGGUCUUGAGCUUGAGUCCUAUUCGACCACAAUAUUUGAGAGAGUGAACGUUCAACAAUGUGAGGGCAGUUCUGUGGAAAAUGGUGAUGGUUUUGACAGGCUUGGAUCAAAAGCUCUGUAUGCUUUCAUAUAUCCAAAUUUCAUGAUCAAUAGAUAUGGGCCCUGGAUGGACACUAAUCUUGUACUCCCACUAGGUCCGAGAAAAUGCCAAGUCAUAUUCGACUACUUUCUGGAUGCUUCUCUUAAGGAUGAUAAAUCUUUCAUUGAGAAGAGUCUAGAAGAUAGUGAAAGAGUACAGAUGGAAGAUAUCAGUUUGUGUGAAGCUGUUCAAAAGGGCCUCGAAUCACCCGCAUACUGUAGUGGCAGGUAUGCUCCAUCCGUGGAGAAGGCAAUGCACCAUUUCCACUCUUUGCUUUAUGACAACCUUAUUGAUUGACAUCUCUUGCUGCUGAAAAACUUAAAUUGCCCAGUUGUGGUUCCUUUCUUCUUUUAGCCAUUUCUAGUGUUUGGCAGUAUUUUGUAAAAUUUAAAUCAAAAAGAAAAGUUUUUUUUUUUUUUAAUAAAAUUAUAACACUUAUUGCGUGACACAAA